AUGACCUUUAUCCUGAUCUGGAUUACCACUUUCAAGAACGCGUACCGCAUAGAUUCCUCGAUUCGACCCCAUAUCCGAGUCAACUACCUCGAGCGAGCCGAUCACCGAAUAUUCGAUAUCAACUUUACUGGCCUCUCAAUACAAUGCAUAUGUGCAGUUUUUGGCUAUUCGUGGAUGUAUGCGCUUACGAGAAGACCAAAGCUUUCCAUACUAGCCACGCUCCCCCCUUUCCUUCUCAACAUUCUCUACGCGGCAACACACACUCUUUGUCAACCACUUGAUGUUUUUGCGUGGCUCUCAUAUGGCGUGAUCCACUUCAUCUCUCCCUUCCUCGCAGCAUUCUGGCUCUGGCUGUUUGCAUCCCCCGGAGUUGUAUCCAUAUUCGCAUGGUGUUUUGGCAUUCAGAACUGUCUGGGGAUAAUCACCCAUCUAUCUUUCCCCACUGCGGCUCCUUGGUACGGCGAUCAAUAUGGAUAUCCUCUACCCCCAGGAAACUACAGCAUGCCAGGUUCUGCGGCAGGCCUAGUCCGUGUUGAUGCAGUCCUAGGAACUCACAUUUAUCAAAAUGCGUUCAAGGCAUCUCCUCUCGUGUUUGGCGCCUUUCCAUCCCUACACGGAGCAUUCAGCUGCUGCUGCUUUUUGUUUGUCGCCCGGUAUUCUCGGAGGGGGCAAUUUCUUCUUGGAUUUUACGUAUUAUGGCAGUGGUUCUCUACGAUGUAUUUGCGGCAUCAUUGGCGUAUCGAUCUGCUAGGAGGGCUUUUGUAUUCAGCAUUUGUGUUUUCGAUAUUCUACAGGAGUUUAGUACGCAUUGAUAAAGCGUAUGCUUUUGGAGUUUCAGGAGGGAAUGGCUGGCAACGACUUUUUGAGGGAACGCGGUUGCAAUACGCAUUUGAUACGCAGCCGGAGAAGGACUACGAACUUGUUAUGGCUUCCGAUUCAAGCACCGAGGGAGGGAGCGUCGAUUCUAGUAUCGAGCAGGGGCGGAGGGAUGGAGACUUAGAAGCAGCUUGGGUGCAGGAUAGUCUAGGGGGUGCAACGUGGACGACGAAAGAUCUAACGCAAAACAGAUAG